GAUAGUACAAUAUGUGCUAUCUGCAGACUGCAGCCAUGGUAAUCAUUUGCUAAAAAGUGUUUAGUAUAUUAUUUACCUACUCGUAGACCAUAGUUGGUUGUGUACUUGUAUAAACUAUAGAAAUAUUGGAAACCGAUCAAAAGCAAUGUUCGCUUUGCCGAGAUCAAUAACGAAAAAUCAUUAUUUAUAGAUUUUUGACCAUCACAUCAAUCGAUGGACCGUCGACUUAAGAACGUUCUGUUCGCUGCGUCCGCAGGAGUCUGCGGUUCGUCGGCCGGCUUGUUCAGCAAAAUUGGGAUGAGCGUUAACGAGUUCUUCGGCUACGACGAUCAGACUCUGUACACCAAUUUAGCCAGAUUCAUCAUGCUGACAAUGGUCGUGCUGGCCAAUAUUGGUGGUUGGCUAAUGUAUACCAGAUCCCUGCGAUUCGGUUCCACGUUGGUAUCCACCGGCAUCAGCAUCGCUUCCAAUUACAUCUUUACCGCUUUAACUGGUGUAUUAUUGUUUGCUGAGAGCUGUUCAAUUCUUUGGGCAUGUGGUACAUUUUCUGUCAUGAUUGGAGUCAUACUGAUGUCGAUUUGAAUAUUUUACAAAUACAAAUGUAAACUGAUCUCGUGUAUAUAAUAUUUUAAUGGUUAAUAUUAUUUAAAUAAAUAAUUAUGCAUAGAAGAAAAAAA